UUGAGACAUCAGUGGGACAUGAUUAAACACUCUGGGGAAGGAUUACUGCACACGCGCUAUAGUACAAACGAUCAAAUCGUCCUUAAAAAUCUCCAGUCUGAUGUUACAGAGAGGAAGUUGGACUUCGCCAAGGAGACACUGGUAUCACAAAACGCAAGAAUGAUAUCACCUGUGGUCAUUUCCCGGCUGAUUGAUGAAAAGAAAUCUAUGGAAAAUGGGUCCGUGUUGCCACAAGCAAUUGCUCAGCCUCAGCUGUGUCCCACAAGGCCAGCUCCAGCAAGGCGCAGUGACGUGAGCACGCACAGGACAUUUGCUUUAUCUCCAGAUGGAUUGGGAAUUUUGACUCCAUCAGAUGAACAAGGACUGGAGACAGAACCACUGUCUACAGGGGACAAUUUAGGCAAAGGUCCCCACAGUGGGUUCUCAUCUAUCACCAUUACUGCUCGACGUGUGGGCCCUCCAGCCAGCAACUUGGUAUGGGACACUUUUAGGGACCCACUGUGUCCCAAGUGCAAGGCUAAGGAUGCUCUGUUCCAAGGCCCCCCAAUUCUGGAUACUGGUGCCCAUUUAUGUCAGCACAAUAGACCAUUCACCUGUACAGAUUUCUCCAGCAAUGGCUCUGUAGAGGGGCUGAAGGUUUCCCAGGGUCACUCUAAGCUGAAUGCAAGGCAGGACUACUGGGUCACCCACAUGGAUGACAAUAAGGACAGUUUUUCUUCAGACAAUUCACCAUCAAGAAAAGUCCCACUCGUGUUCAGUUCUUGUGUCCACCUCCGGGUGUCCCAGCAGUGUCCCAAUGCCAUUUACUAUUUGGACAAAUCUCUUUCUGUCCCCCUUGAGCAACCUCAAAUUGCUAGCCCCAAAAUGCACAGGUCUGUCCUGUCUCUCAGCCUCCGCUGUAGUUCCCACCAGUUAACAGCAGAUGGAGUAGACAGCACAGCUAAUGGAGAGCCAAUCAGCAGAGCUCUAUCUCAGGAACUUUCAGAGGGAAAGCAGGACCUCCUAGGCCCACAAUGGGACCAGCCACAAGAAGAUCACUGGAAGGAGAGCCCAGCAUUGGUGCCAGUACAUUUGGGGAGUAGCACAUGCCCUCGAACUGGCUCCCCUCCACUGGAAAAUGUCAAAUUUGCAGAUGUUGGAAGGAACCAGGUCCCAGUACAAAAGGAGAAAGAGGAUCAUGCAACAUGUACCAGUAGCAACCACACCAAUCAACUCUCCAUCCAUAUCCCCGGCUGGAGUUACAGGGCUGAAACAAAUGUACUUUCUGAAGGCAAGAAGCAGCAGCAAGAAGCACAAAGAACUCUUCCCGCUUUCCCAGUGGGACAGAAGCCUAUUAAACACUUCCCUCCUGAUGGGGACAGUUCAUCAAGCAGUGAUGGUCAGCCUAGCAUCCUUUCUGAGUCCCACGAGAGGCGACACCCAUACUUCAUGACACCCAGAGUCCCUCUGCCUGGGUUUUAUUGCCCUUUACAAACAGUGUGUGCCUCUGUGCAGGAAGAUGGUGCUGUUCAGAUAGAAGCACAGUUCCACAAAGAUUACACGUGCUGUGACUUGGUUGUAAAACUAAAGGAAUGUGAGAAGCAUGAAGACCCCACUGUCACACCUGAGCCCUCACCAGCAACCCCCUCUCCAUCAACCCCAGAGGGACCACGGAGCUCUGACCCAUCGGAAGAUAGUUAUGAGCCUCUGCUGGCAAGCUCUAUGACUUUGCAGGAAGCACUGGAAGUCCAUAGACCUCAGUUCAUUUCUCGCUCACAAGAACGGCUGCAAAAGCUUAAGCACAAGGUACAGCAAAGGAAAACCCAACAAAAGGAGAGCAUGGAGCAGAAGCAGAGCCUACUUCCUGUCCGCGCCAACAAGAAGCAGUUCACCAUUCCCCAUCCUCUUAGCGAUAACUUGUUCAAACCCAAAGAAAGAUGCAUUUCAGAGAAGGAGAUGCAUAUGAGAUCUAAAAGAAUCUAUAAUAACUUGCCGGAAGUUAGAAAGAAAAAAGAGGAGCAGAAGAAAAGAGUGAUCUUACAGAGUAACAGGCUCCGAGCAGAAGUCUUCAAAAAGCAAUUACUGGACCAGCUCCUUCAAAGGAAUGCAGUUUGA